UGCGAAAUCAUAAGACCCAUCAUGGGUUCCUGAAGCUCUACAUUUUCAAAACAGUAUUUGGAUCUGAUGUUUUCGAGCGGAAUGGCUGUGGAAACGAUCGCACCUGACUGGGAAUUUGACCGUUUUGACGACGGUUCGCAGAAAAUACACACGGACGUUCAACUCAAGAACUACGCCAAGUUUCUGGAGGAAUACACAACUCAACUGAGGGGCAUUGAGGAGGCUCUCGAUGACUCCAUUGGAGACGUUUGGGACUUCAGUCUGGACCCCAUCGCCCUCAAACUCCUCCCACAUGAACAGUCUUCCUUGCUGGAGUUGAUUAAAACGGACAAUAAGGUUCUGAACAAAGUCAUCACAGUAUAUGCUGCACUUUGUAGUGAAGUGAAGGAACUUAAGUAUGAGGCAGAAAACAAGUUCUACAAUGGUCUAUUAUACUACGGCGAGGGAGUAUCUGACUGUGGUGUUGUUGAAGGGGAGUGCCAAAUUCAAAUUGGCAGAUUCAUCUCCUUUCUACAGGAACUGUCCUGUUUUGUGUCAAGAUGCUAUGAAGUGGUUGUCAACAUUGUUCAUCAGCUAGGGGCGCUCUACAACAGCAACAAGGCUGCUACAAAAAUUAUUGAUUCAUCAGGUGUCCAUUUCCAGGUAGUGUAUGAACACCUUGGUGAGUUGUUAGUAGUUCUGCUCACGCUUGAUGAAAUCAUGGAAAAUCAUGGCACGCUCAAAGAUCACUGGAAGAUGUAUAAAAGGUUAUUGAAGUCUGUGCACCACAAUCCUGGGAAAUUUUCAAUUGCCGAAGAAAAACUAAAACCAUUCGAGAAACUCUUGCUCAAGCUUGAGGGACAGCUGCUAGAGGGCAUGAUACUGCAGGCAUGUGUGGACCAAAGAUUUGACACUCCUGGCGAGGGAGUGUCUAUUGCCAAAAACAACGCCUUUGCUGAUGAGUUUGCCUUCAAUAUACGGAGCAUUUUCUCCAAUGUGGAAUCCAAGAUUGGGGAACCGUCAGAGAUCGAUCAGAGAGAUAAAUAUGCUGGAGUUUGUGCUCUUUUUGUGCUCCAUUUUCACAUCUUUAGAAGUGUAGACAAAAAGCUCUACAAAGCACUCCUCGAUGUCUGUAAAAAGGUCCCAGCUGUCACUCUGACUGCUAACAUCAUCUGGUUCCCUGACACGUUCCUGCUUACCAAGGUUCCUGCUGCAGCCAAACUGAUUGACAAGAAGAGUGUUCAAGCGACGCGAGCACAUCGAGACACCUUCCUGCAGCAAAGGGCUCAGACACUCGCUAAGGAUGUUCAGUCGUACUAUGUGUUUGUAACGUCGUGGAUGAUGAAGAUGGAGUCCAUUCUAUGCAAGGAGCAUAAGAGUGACAGGAUGGCUGAAGACCUUAACAGCAGAUGUAAUGUAUUUGUUCAGGGCAUCCUGUAUGCAUAUAGCAUCAGUACCAUUAUCAAGACCACCAUGAACAUGUACAUGUCCAUGCAGCGGCCAAUGACCAAGACCUUUGUCAAAGCUCUGUGUCGACUGGUGGAAUUGUUAAAGGCUGUGGAGCACACGUUUCACAGACGGUCCAUGGUCGUAGCAGAUUCUGUCUCUCACAUCACUCAGCAGUUGCAGUCACAGGCCCUCAACGCCAUCUGUGUUGCCAAGAAAAGAGCGAUAUCUGACAAGAAGUACAGCGAGCAGCGUCUGGAUGUGCUGUCAUCCUUGGUGCUGGCCGAAAAUGUCCUCAGUGGACCCAGCAUAAAGGAGAGACGCCUUGUGGUGUCUUUGGCUCUCUGUGUUGGCACUCAGCUGAAAACCUUCAAAGAUGAGGAGUUACUCCCACUGCAGCUUGUGUUGAAGAAGCUGGACCUGAUAAGUGAGCUGAGUGAGAGGGUCAAACUUCAGUGCGACUGCAGAUUUCUUUACUGGCACCGAGCAGUGUUUCCUAUCUACUUAGAUGAUGUUUAUGAAAACGCGGUGGACGCGGCACGAAUACAUUACAUGUUUAGCGCCCUGAGGGACUGCGUUCCCUCCAUGUUGCAAACCAAGCACAUGGAGUCACCUGACCAGCUACUGGAGAACUACGACAAGGAAAUCAUGGUUGUUUUCAAUGAGCACCUGCUGGACAAACUUUGUAAGGAGAUAGAGAAGGACUUGCGGCUCUCCGUUCACACUCACCUGAAGCUGGACGACAGGAACCCGUUCAAAGUUGGCAUGAAGGACUUGGCCCACUUCUUCUACCUCAAACCCAUCAGAUUCUUCAACCGGUUCAUUCAUAUUAAAGCCUACGUGACACACUAUCUGGAUAAAACAUUCUACAACCUGACCACUGUGGCUCUUCAUGACUGGGCCACCUACAGCGAGAUGAGAAACCUCGCCACGCGGCGUUACGGGCUGACAAUGACGGAAGCGCACCUGCCGAGCCAAACUCUGGAGCAGGGCUUGGAUGUCUUGGAGAUCAUGAGGAACAUCCAUGUUUUUGUCUCACGCUACCUCUAUAACCUCAACAACCAGAUUUUCAUAGAGAAGGCAAGUAACAACAAGCACUUGAACACCAUCAACAUCCGACACAUCGCCAACUCCAUCCGCACCCACGGCACUGGCAUUAUGAACACCACGGUGAACUUCACCUACCAGUUCUUGCGCAAGAAGUUUUACAUCUUCAGUCAGUUCAUGUACGACGAACACAUCAAAUCCAGGCUCAUCAAGGACAUUCGUUUCUUUCGAGAAACAAAAGACCAGUCUGACCAAAAGUAUCCUUUUGAGCGCGCUGAGAAGUUUAACCGUGGCAUCAGGAAGUUGGGCAUCACUCCUGACGGACAGAGUUACCUGGACCAGUUUAGACAGCUCAUCAGUCAGAUUGGUAAUGCCAUGGGCUAUGUGCGCAUGAUCCGCUCUGGAGGACUCCACUGCUGUAGCAGCGCCAUAAGGUUUGUCCCAGACUUGGAGGAUAUUGUCAAUUUUGAGGAGCUGGUAAAAGAGGAAGGACUGUCAGAGGAAACUCAGAGAGCUGCAGGCGUGUUGGAUUCUGUGUUGGGAGAUCUGACAAGCAACUCUGCCGAGGGGACCGAAUACUUCAAGAUGCUGGUGGAAGUGUUUGCACCCGAGUUUCGACGUGCAAAGAAUAUGCACCUGAGGAACUUCUACAUGAUUGUGCCCCCACUGACUGUAAACUUCGUUGAACAUUCCAUCAGCUGCAAAGAGAAGCUCAACAAAAAGAACAAGACCGGAGCUGCUUUUACAGAUGACGGAUUUGCUAUGGGUGUGGCAUACAUUCUGAAGCUGCUGGACCAAUACCUGGAAUUUGACUCCCUGCACUGGUUCCAUUCGGUGAGCGAUAAGUACAAGAAGGAGAUGAACGCCGUGGUGAAGGAGCAGCACCUCCACUCUGCCAGUCAGGAUCAAAAGUUGCUGCAAACAAUGAACCUCACUCAGAAAAGACUCGAUCUCUACCUUCAGGAGUUUGAGCUGCUUCACUUCUCCUUAAGCAGCGCCCGCAUUUUCUUCAGAGCAGACAAGACCGCAGCUGAGGAAACUCAGGAAAAGAAAGAUAAAGAAGAUGCCUCUAAAGCUGGAAGUUCCGAUGGACCCAGUCCUGCAGAACCUGGAUCAAAGUGACUGUUGGGAUUUCAGCAGCAAGCGGACAAUGAAAGAGAAGAUGCAACAUGUCAGACUGCACUCUGUGGAACGUGUGGCUCAUUUCGAAAGACUGUAAAUUGGACAACAUUACCAGGGAAGAAUGAAAAGAUUUGAAUGAUUUUUUUUUUUUUUUUUUAACAGCAAAUACAAUGAGAGUAUGUGCUUUUAUCAAAGAAUGUGUACUCAUUGAGGAAUUAUGUGCAAUGUGUCUUUUUCCCAUCCAUCCAUGCAUCCAUUUUAUGUACUGCGUAUCAUGACUAGGUAUCAGCUGUCAGCUGAUCUCAGCUGACUUUGUGUGAGCAGUGCGAUAUACCCUGAACUUAGUUGCCAGCCAAUCACAGGGUGUGUUUUCCCAUUUACUGAGUUGAGAUAAUAAUAUAAUAGCGCAAAGCUUUCAAGUUGCCAGAUAGCCUUCACAAACUCAAAUAAGUACAAUCUGUUCAGUUUUCUUUUGCUGCGCUUUAUACAAAUAUCAUGUCUGUGUAACGCAACGUUAUUGUCAAAGGCUGCAUCGUGAUUGUUCAUGGCCUCGGUCGGGUGUUAGCUCGGAUUUUAAGAUUUUAACUCCUCAGAAUGCACAGUAGUAACGUAUUGAAUGUUUGUGUGCCAUAUUUGCAGACAGCUAAUUUUUGGAGUCCUUUUACCACAUUGUUUAAUGUAUAUGUGCCUUUCUAAAUUGUAGAUACACCUGACUAUAGAAUACCAGAUUAAUGUGAAAAUAAAUGCACAGAAAUAUUCUGUCAUGUCUUGCACAAUGCAAGACUAUUUUUUGCAGCACUGCACAUCAUUGCAUUUUACACAUUUCCUAAUUUUCUAUCUAUGAGUGUGAUAUGUAAUUGCACAAAAUGACAGUCCAUCAAUUUAACAUGCUUGGAUACAUAUUUGAAAACUAAUAAAACUUGCACUUUG